CAGCGCCGCGUCGAAGUCCACUUACUUUUGUGGCAGCUUGGUGCCUGGUAAACUGAACUGUAGCGGAAUUAAGUGGAAUUUGAAUGUUGGUGGAGCUCCUCAUCCCGCCUCCACCUCCUCGUAGACACCGACAGAGUUCCACGCCCAGACGGCCAUUGACAGCGGUCGGUGCCCAGCCAGCCAAGCGGGAGCCAUGCCUGUCCCCGCUGGAUACCUCAGCGACUCCCCAGCUGCGGCCUUCGCAUCCUCGGCCUCACUUAUCCCGCCGCCUCCGAUAAACACCCAGCAGCCCGGUGUUGUCACCUCGCUGCUGUACAGCGGCUCCAAGUUCAGGGGCCACCAGAAAAGCAAAGGGAACUCUUACGACGUGGAGGUUGUUUUGCAGCAUGUCACCAUGGAGGAUUCAUACUUGUGUGGCUACCUGAAGAUUAAAGGACUGACAGAGGAAUAUCCAACUCUGACCACGUUCUUUGCUGGAGAGAUCAUCAGCAGGAAACGGCCAUUUCUCACUCGGAAAUGGGAUGCAGAUGAGGAUGUGGAUCGUAAGCACUGGGGCAAGUUCCAGGCCUUCUACCAGUACGCAAAGACGUUCAACUCUGAUGAUUUUGACUAUGAAGAUCUGAAGAACUCCGACUAUAUUUUCAUGAGGUGGAAGGAGCAGUUUCUGGUCCCUGAUCACACAAUCAAAGACAUCAGCGGCGCUUCCUUUGCUGGGUUCUACUACAUCUGCUUCCAGAAAUCCACAGCAACAAUUGAGGGCUACUACUACCACCGGAGCUCUGAAUGGUACCAGUCUUUAAAUCUCACCCACGUUCCCGAGCACAGUGCAGCCAUCUAUGAGUUCCGGUGACCCUGGCCGGCAGCGUGGAUCUUUCUUUUGUUGGACAAAGACUUGAGGCAAAGCAGAGGUCUGCAGAUGCUACUGAGAAGGAAGAGACCGACAUGGGAUGAGAAUUUGGGUUUUGGACAAGUACAAACUCUUACACGUUCUCAAUAAGUGGAUGGGCAGCUGGUUGAUGAGUACACGGGAUAUAGGACAAAUGAAUGUAUGUGUGGAUAAGAUGGAAAGAAAGGAGGUGCAGUUGCGCUCCCUGGCUGGAGCUUGUAAAGUCAGAACCAGCAGCAAAGACUGGGUGUGGUUCAUACAGUGUUCCCCUCUCUUCAUUUGUUUUACUGUCUGGUUUAAAAAAAAAACCUAAAAAAAAACGCUUAGCACAGUAUCUCGAGACACUUUAUAAGCUGCGUUGGGAAUUCCCCUUCUCGUUUUGCAAACUAGAAACAUUUCCAGCUUUCAUCCAGCCGAUGCAGGAAUGAGCAGCAUAAACACAUUCAACUAGCGUUGGACAAGGAUUCCUCCGAGGAGUACGCUUUUGUAAACACAAUCUCCGAAGAAGUCGGUCGCGGAGGAAAAACGAGAGAGAAGUUUGCAUUCAGGAUUAGAGCUCUUCAGGUUUUAGGAUUGGAGCUUUAAAAAGCUAGAAAGACAGUAUUUUUAAGCUAAGCUGGUUCUUCGUUUGCCUACCGAGAGUAUAUUUUGUUAUUUUUCUCCAGAUGAUGGCCACUGAGCGGCACUUUUAAAGGGUACAAUCGGAAUGACACACGAAACGAGUUUUUCCCUUGUGUUCAUAAAACCGCUCGGGAGAUUAUUAUCACAUAGGAUUGCUGUGGAUCUUGUCCUGUUGAGUUACAUUUGCACAAAGAUGGGACUAUAUGUUACUAAAAAUGCUUGCCGUUAGGAUUUUACACUCACAUCCCAGUACACAAGCUUCAAGGUGGUCGGGUCAAGCUUUUCUUGUCUAGUUUUUCAAGGGUUUUAUCGUGUGGAGGUUGCAGAGCCAGAACAAUCCCAUAAAAGUAUUAAAAAGAGAGUAUUUUUUACCCUGCACUCUGCAUUAAACAAAGAGCUUUUUAUUCCUCGUGUGUCAUUUUAAAUUAAGACCCCCACCCCGUCCUACAUUUCCGUCUCCUCGACUAUGCAACACUUUCAAGAUAGCACUCUCCAAACAUAAGACCCUGGGUUUUCAGAGGCAAAAUUUUAUUCUAUCCUUAUAGUAUAUGAAAAAAAAGCUCUAUCUUCAUGAAAGAAAGUAUUUUUGUUAAUUGUCUAUUGAAACACUCUCCUCCCCUAAUCAUGUCCCCCCUUCCAUGUGAUGGUGCCAUCUUUUUAAAGCUUAUCAGAGUUGUAUUAUAACAGAUCCGACGUGCGUUUGUUUGAGAAUAAGACUGGAUUUGAUUGAUGGUGUGACUGUAAAGAGUGGAUUAUGGAUUUUAAAAAAAUCAUAUCAAAACAUC